CUGCUCGCCCACGUGAAGAGAUGCGAAACGGCUCGUUGAAGCUGAGGGGAACGCUCGUGCACAGGUCCGACUCGUCCUUCUGGGGUCCAGUGAACCAGGUGUGGGUCCAGAUGUUUGACCGCGGGGACGCGACCUCGUGCAGGAGGAAGCCUCCAGACUCACGAGGACUUCCUGGUUGCUGGAGGAGAAGAGGACUUGUUGUUCCUGCCAUGAAACUAUUCAAUCUUACCUAAUCGCUGUGUCAGACUGUAAACAUUUUUAUUUUGGCCUCUUGAAGCCAAACACGGGUUAGAGCGGCGACUGUCACUGAGCAACUCGUAACUGAAUGUCUCCGACAGAAUCUGAUUAAAGCAAACUGUUGAUUUGUGGAGAGACUUUAAAUGAGUCUCAUGUGGGCAGCUUGUCACGGGCGAUGUGUUCAGGGGCUCUCUGGGAAAAUGAAAUUAUAUUGAUGGUUAUUAACAGUCUGACCUCAGCAGGGGUCACUGGACUAAUCUGAUUACAGGAAGAAGCUUUCAGCAGAGUCCGUUAAUAGCCUUGUUGUAAUGUACAACAAGCAAUGAGUAAAGUCCUCAACCCACAGGGGGGGAGGGAUGAGGAUGGGGGGGGGGGUCCCAUGACUGGAGGAAGAUGCGCCGUGGGGCCCUGCUGAAUGGUCCAGUUGUCUCCGGGUCACGUGUUGGAUGGCAAGCCGCUGGUUUUAAAUGUUGGGUUGGGGUCGGCAGGUCGUCCGGAGGCGGCAGGAUGCCGCGGCUGCUGCGGCUGCUGCUCUGUCUGCUGCCGCUGGUGGCCGGCGGCGGCGCCGAGGUCCCGGACGCCACCUACCAGGAACGCCACGGCCCCGUGGUUGCCGCGACGACGAGGCCUCACAUCCACCUCUGCCGCUCUCCCAACAUGGAGGACUUCAGCUGCUGGUGGCGUCCACUGGACAACCUGACGGACGGGGAGCAGGUGACCUACGACCUCAGAUACUCCCAUGGUAAUGGGCCCUGGCUGGAGUGUCCCGACUACGUCAGCUCGGGGCCCUUCAGCUGCCACUUUGACAGCCGCCACACUUCCAUCUGGAAGCCCUACUGCCUGAAGGUGUCCGCCCUCACCCCCCACGGGAACUACACCUCCCAGAAGCUCUGCGUGGACGUGGCAGACAUCGUUCAGACCGAGGCUCCGGUGAACCUCAGCUUCUCGCUGAAGGACGCCGGGGGGGACGAGGUGGGUCACGCCGCCCUGCUGUCCUGGUCCUACCCGGUGCCCUCGGACCUCCGCUACGGCUGGAUCACGCUGGUCUACGAGCUGCAGUACCGCCGGCUCACCGAGCCCGACGCCUGGAAGGUCAAGCACCCCCUGCGGGAGCCUCGGGUGGUGCUGCUCGGCCUCCCCGUCGGAGACUACGCGGUCCGGGUCCGCUGCCGCUCCCAGAACAACGGCAUUUGGAGCGCGUGGAGCGCCGCCAUAACGAUGAGCCUCCCCGCCGGGCGGCUGCAAGGUAACCUCCUGGUUGUGAUUCUGGUGACGGGGGUCGGCGUGGUGGCUCUGCUGGGGAUCCUCUUCUUGGUCGUCCCGCAGGGAAAAAGAAUUAAAAACUACUUCCUGCCGCCUGUUCCAAAGCCGAGGAUCAUCGGCAUCGACCCGCUGCUCCUGAAGAAGGGGAACCUGGACGAGAUCAACCGUCACUUCAGUAGCUUCCACAGCUUCAGCCCCCCGAGCUACGCGGAGGACGUCUGGGUCCAGGUGAGCGGCGCCGACGUCUUCCUCGCCCCGCCGAAGGUCCCGACAGGACGCGGGAAUGUCGCCCCGUGUGAGCAGAUGCCCCCCCCCCAACAGCAGAUGACCUCCCGCCCGCCGUCCUACAUUCAGAGCGUGUUGCCCAACUGCUCCUCCCUCCCGCAAGCCGACGCCCCGUUUACGUGGUCGACGCCGGAGGUGGUGUCCCUGCCGGGGUCAGGGUACAGCGUGAUGGGACGUCCCGCCCCCCCCGGCACCGCCCCCCUGCCUCCUGGCGCCACCAGCCGCUCGCCUCAGGAUUUCUACACCUGCGUCCAGCUGAUGAGCGAGAGCGGCGAGGUGCACCUGGUGCCCUGUCUGCCGCCGGCCUACUGCCGCGAGGCCCCGCCCCUCCCGAAGGGCGUGGGGAAGAAGAAAGGGGUGGAGCAGCAGGAGCAGGUGGAGCAGCAGGACCAGGAGGAGGAGGAGCUGGCUGGCCGCAGAGCCAGGACACAUCAGAGGGAAGAUGGCGGCGAAGGGGAGGGGAGCGAGGCGGCCCCUUUGCUGCCCGUCGCCGGGGGCAACCAGGCCUGAGCGCUGGAUUGGUUGUUCUCCUGUUUCCUCCACAGCAAGUUGGACUUUGCCGAAGUGGAACCUGAAGAGAGAGAAAUGGAGAGGUUACCCUUUAAAUAUAUAAACUAUUACCACUCACUGACCAUUUUGAAUACUAUUGACUAUUCACCUUUUUUAACCAUUGACUAUUGUUGACUUAUUGACUGUUGAACCAUUGUUGAUUAUGAACCACUAUUAACCACUAUUAACAAUUGUUGACCAUAAAACCAUUGUUGCCCUUUGUAAAGCAUCUUUUACGGGUCGAUGGUCCUCAACUGUUAUGUUUCUCUUUCUGGUGUUCAACGUCUUGCAGUUUUUAUUCUUGUGCCUUUUUGUAUUUACAGAACUGUUUGUAUCCCACUAUGUUUGACAUAAUGACUAUAAAUAACACAUAUAUAUAUAUAUAAAUAUAUAUAUAUACAUGUGUGUGUGUGUGCUGUACAAAUACCUGUUUGGUGUUGGGCACUUUUUCACCUUUUUAUUGUGACAAAAGCACUUUGCAGCCAAUUCCAUAAAAAG